AUGUCAAAACCAGUUGUUCGUUUUCCCACAGUUUCUUUAAAGAAUUUAGUUUAUUACAUUCAUCAAACUGAUGUCGAACCUUUUAUCCAAAUCAAUUACAAAUGUUGUAAAGCGGUUGAAUCUUUAUCCACAAACCCGUGGUCUGAAUAUAGUGAUGAUAAGUCAGACUUAACGGUGAAAAGAAUUUUAAAGUACUUCCCGAAGUUAGAACUUCUUCAAGUAGACCCAGUAACUGCAAACACACUAUCAGAUGAAACUCUUUCAAAAGUGCAUCAUAUCCGAAUAAUCCAACACAGCCACGAUGAUCCUAAAAUAACCAAUGAAAAAGUACUUAAAUUGUGUGAUACCCUUUAUACCCUGAAGUCUGAAAAACCCAAAGAACCAAUGCCUAAUAUAACAAGAGCUUAUUUUAAUAAUAAAAUUCCAUUUAUCUAUAUUGCAAAGUACAUCACUGACUUCCCCAAUGUUAAAUACAUUGAACGGGCCAUUAACGAAAUUAGAAAACAUGGUGAUAUCAAAAUACACUUGAAAUUUGAAGUUCGAGACGAUGACGUGUACAACCAAUUUGAUAAUUUGAGAAAUAUGGUUGGUAUUAGAAAUCUCUAUUUUAGUUCUAAUGAAGUCAAAACAACUGGCGUGUACCUCCUCAUCCCACCUAAAAUAAGUGCAAGAGAUUUGAAAAAUAUCUUUUAUACUAAUGGAAAGCUUGCUAAUUAA